AUGAACAAUCCAUUAUUAGUAUCAAUCACAAACCCACUAAAUCUGUUGAAACCAUCAACAAUACCAUACGGUUUAAGCCUAAACACCACCAUUAACCAGAAACAGCAGGUAACCAAAACCAUUGUCGUAAAAUCCAACAAGAGAUCAAGAACAACAUUAACCAGUAGUAGUCUCUCAUUGGUUAGAAGGCAAAACAACAAUGGUGGUGGUGUUAGUGGAGGCUUUGAUGUAACCGAAGUUGGUAGCAGAGACCAAGGAAACGCUGUUUUGUUGUGUGCUUUAGGGUAUUGGGUUCAAGGGUCAAGAUGUUUCCCAUGGCUUGCACUUAACUUCCACAUGUCUCAUUGCCUUAACCUAAAGCCAUCGACUCUUCAGCUUGUGCAGUACACUGCUAUUCUUCCCAUGGUAGCUAAGCCUCUCUAUGGAGUUCUCUCAGAUGUUCUGUACAUCGGUGGUGCUCGUAGAGUUCCUUACAUAUCCAUUGGAGUGCUUUUACAGGGUUUAGCAUGGGGUUCAUUAGCUAUAUUCCCCGGUUCUAGGGAAGCUCUUCCUUCACUUUUAGGACUUGCUUUGCUCAGUAACCUUGGAGCAUCUGUUACUGAAGUUGCUCAAGACGCAUUAGUUGCUGAAUAUGGUGCAAAAUAUCAAAUGAAUGGUCUUCAGUCUUAUGCUCUCAUGGCUUCAGCUGUUGGAGGAAUCCUUGGAAACUUACUUGGUGGAUAUUGCUUAAUCAAGACACCUCCUAGAAUCUUGUUCCUUGCUUUCACAGCUAUCUUGUCUCUUCAGCUCACUGUUUCUAUGUCCUCUAAAGAAGAAUCAUUUGGCCUAGAACGGAUAAGAGAGACAAGCUUAAAGAAACAGUUCUCUGAUCUUAUGGGAGUUUUUCAGGGAGAUGAGAUCUCUCAGCCUUUAACUUGGAUCAUAGCUUCCAUUGCAUUGGUGCCUCUUCUCUCAGGAUCAGUCUUCUGUUACCAAACUCAAGUACUUAACCUUGAUCCUUCUGUUAUUGGAAUGUCAAAGGUUAUUGGACAGUUGAUGCUUCUUUGUUUAACUGUGGUUUAUGAUCGUUACUUGAAGAAGACGCUUCCCAUGAGGCCAAUGGUCCAUAUAGUUCAGCUCCUAUAUGCAUUGUCGUUACUCUUUGACUACAUCUUGGUGAAGCAAAUAAACUUAUCGUUUGGAAUCUCCAACAAGGCUUUUGUGUUAUGCUUUUCAAGUGUAGCUGAGAUUCUUGCACAGUUCAAGAUUCUCCCAUUCUCUGUCUUGCUAGCAAAUAUGUGCCCUGGAGGCUGUGAAGGAUCCAUUACUUCUUUCUUAGCUUCAACUCUGUGUUUGUCAUCAAUAGUUAGUGGAUUUGCUGGAGUUGGGAUGGCUAAUGUGAUUGGUGUUACAUGUAAUAACUAUGCAAACUUGCCUGCAGGAAUCUUGAUUCAGUCUUUAGCAGCUAUGUUGCCUUUGUGGUUUAUUCAUUAUGUUCCAAUGUCAGAGCCUGGGUUUGAGAGAGAAGGGAAGAGAGGUUUGAGUAAGAGAAGUAGGAAGAAUAGACGUGUAGGGAGAGUAGUUGGUCAGGAAUUUUUUGCUUACCGUAGAGAAAGAGAUGCCGAAGCACACACAUAA